UUACAACAUUUGCAAUAAUAUUAGAAUAUUACAGACAAUUAUUUAUUUGCCUUGGAACAAAUGUGGGAACAACCACACAGCCUCUAAGCUUUCCCUAUAAACCAAUCUCUCUCCCUCCACGCUUCCUAACUGUGCUUUCUUUCUCAUUCUCCCUAGCUAGGUAGCUAAGUAGCAGUCGUGGUUUUUUGAUUAUCUGCUUGAUAAAUAUGGGCGGAUGUGCAACGAAGCCUAAGGUGUCAAAGGCCGAGGAAGCCGGCGGGGAGGCGCCAGUGCCGGCUCCAGAGACAGCCAAGGAAGAAGCUGUCGUGAUCGAGUCGAAGGAGAAAGACGUAGUUGUGAUUGGUGAUGAAGCUGAGAAGAAGAUAGAAGGUGAUGAUUCAGUCAAGGAGAUCGUUGAUGAUGAAGAUAAACGCAAGUCUCUCAGCAAUUUGUUCCAGAGUGAAGAAGGGAAGGACUCGACAGAAAAAGAGAAAACAACAGAAGUACUAUCAGAAACUGAAAAGCCUCUAGAGGAAAAUACCCCUGGCAUUGUUGUUGUUGAUGCUCCAAAGACAGCCGAGUCAGCUGAGGUAGUAAUUGAAGCUGCACCAGCAGAGACAGAAGCCAAAGAAGCUUCCGAUGAAAAAAUCACUGAAGAAGUGGUUGAAAAGAUCACAGAAGAAGUCAAGGAAAUUGCUGAAGAGAACGUUGGAAAAGAAAAAUCCGAAGGACAAAAAGAGACCGAAGCAGCGAAGGAAGAAAAAGUGGCUGAAGAGAAACCUAAGGAAGCAGUAUGAGAGGGAAAUGAUUCAUCUUCAUGGAGGAGCUGUGCUUCUUCUGAUCACUAGCUACAUUAUUGUAAGGAAGGUUGCCUAUCUUUUUUUUUAGAGGACUUUGUUUCUACUGCAUGUUUCCUUAAAUUUCUCUGAUAUGUGUCUUAUUUUUAUUAUUUAUUUUUCACUCGA